GGACUACGCUCAACCACCUUUCAUCCGGUACACGCGGUUGUCGUAAGAGCGAAGCACGUCGAGUGACGUUUUAACGGAGUGCUUCGCCUCUUUAGGGAGAUACCCCGUCUUCCAGCGAAUGUUCAGCGCGAAACGUUGACUUUGCUUUACCUGGAAAGAUGGCUAGAUACGGCCAGAGACCUGACAAUGCUCUGAAGAGGGCCAACGAAUUCAUAGAAGUCGGUAAACCUGCCAGGGCAUUGGAUACUUUGCAGGAAGUCUUCCGCAAUAAAAAAUGGACUUACAGCUGGUCGGAAUCGGUGCUCGAGCCGAUCAUGUUCAAGUAUUUGGACCUCUGCGUCGAGCUGAAGAAAACUCACAUAGCGAAGGAAGGUCUCUUCCAAUAUCGGAACAUGUUUCAGUCCGUCAACGUAGGGAGUUUAGAAAAUGUAAUCCGUGGUUAUUUACGUAUGGCAGAAGAGAAAACCGAUGCCGCUCGAAAACAAAGUCAGCAAGCUGUCAUAGACAUCGACGAUCUAGACAAUCUCGCCACCCCGGAGAGCAUCCUGUUGUCAGCCGUAAGCGGAGAGGACGCACAAGACAGAAGUGACCGAACGAUUCUAACACCCUGGGUAAAAUUCCUUUGGGAGUCAUACUGUCAAUGUCUGGAACUACUGAGAACAAACGCGCACGUGGAAACCCUGUACCACGACAUCGCCAGAAUGGCUUUUCAAUUCUGUCUAGAAUACAGUCGGAAAACCGAAUUUCGCAAGCUCUGUGAGAAACUGCGCAAGCAUUUAGAAGAGAUCUGCAAACUCCCGCAGCUUGUCUCGAACGUAUCGAUCAAUAAAGCCGAGACUCAACAGUUGAACUUGGAGACUCGCCUGAGUCAACUGGACUUUGCAAUACAGAUGGAACUUUGGCAGGAGGCUUACAAAGCCAUCGAAGACAUCCAUGGACUGAUGAACCUUUCAAAGAAGCAACCACUGCCAAAGACCAUGGCGAACUAUUAUCAGAAACUGGCCAUGGUCUUCUGGAAAGCUGGGAAUUAUCUCUUCCACGCUGCUGCGCUAUUUAAGUUGCUACAGUUACAUCGAGAGAUGAAGAAGAACAUGUCAGUGGAGGAGCAGCAGCGCAUGGCAAAUCGGGUCCUGCUGGCCACCCUGUCGAUUCCUCUGCCUUCGGCCCACCCAGAGUUUGACAGAUUUAUAGAAACCGACAAGAGUCCGUUGGAGAAGGCGCAGAGACUAGCCAUUCUCCUGGGUCUGCCCCAGCCUCCGUCCCGGACAUCUCUCCUCCGAGACAUCGUCCGCCUCAACGUUGUCUCCCUAGCAUCCCCACAGCUCCAAGACCUAUAUUCCUGGUUGGAGGUGGAAUUCGACCCGUUGAAGCUCUGCGGCCGAGUAGACGCGGUUAUACAAGCCCUGCAGGCCGACGAGACGAGUCCCUUGCUGCAGUACAUCCGGGCACUUCAGGACGUCACCUUGGUACGCCUGGUGCACCAGGUAUCACAGGUAUACCAGACCAUCGAGUUCUCGCGGCUGCUGGAGCUGGCCAAGUUCACCUCCAAGUUCCACCUGGAGCGUCUCCUGGUGGACUGCGUCCGCUACAACGACAUGCAAAUCAGCAUAGAUCAUGGUAAAAGGUGUGUCCACUUCGGAGUGGACCUCUCCGAGGCCCAGAGAGAGGACCACCCCGAUGGGCCAGUUUUGCAGGCGAUGCCCUCGGAGCAGAUCCGUUGCCAGCUGGUGAACAUGGCGACCGUCCUGCACAGAGCCAUCGUGGUGAUCAAUCCGAACAAGAAGAGGCAGGAACGCGAGAAGCUGCGCACCUCCAUGGUGACCUUCUACCACGAGACCAAGCAGAAGGAGCACCAGAGAAUCCUGGGCAGGCACAAAAUCAUCGAGGAGCGGAAGGAGUACAUCGAGCGCAUCAACACGGUCAGGGAGGAGGAGGAGAUGCGGCGCCAAGAGGAGCUGCAGAAGCAGCAGCUCCUGGCCGAGCAAAAGAGGUUGGAAAUGGAGCGCGAGGAGCGAGAGCGCAGGCGCCAGCAGAGCGAGAUCCAGCAGAUAAAGGACCGCCACCUCAAGGAGAAGAUGCAGCAGAUCUCGCAGACAACUCACGGCCAGAAGGUCCUGAAGAAGCUGGACGAGGACGAGAUCAAGAAGCUGGACGCGGAGCAGAUUGCCGCCCGGGAGGCCGAGGAGCUACAGAAGGAGCGCCGGGAGAUGCAGCAACGACUCAAGUCCCAGGAGAAGAAGGUCGACUACUUGGAGAGGGCGAAGCGGAUCGAGGAGAUCUCCCUCCUGGAGAAGGCGGUCGAGGAGAAGAACGAACUGGCCAAGCAGCGGUGGGAGCAGCAGGACGCGGAGAGGAUCCUCGCGGCUAUCGAGGAACGCCAGGAAGCCGUGGCCACGAAGGAGCGGAUGGCGCGCAUGAAGGAAGACCAUGAUGAAUUCAUGGAGAAAAUCCUGGCGGAGCGCAACAGCGUGUACCUAGAGAAGCUGCACGAGUUCGAGAAGAUCAUCAACGAGGAGCGCGCCAAGAGGUUGCUGAAGAGAAAACAGCAGAGGAAGGCAGAGCGACGCGCCACGUGGGAGACGGAACGCGCGGAGGCCGCGGAGAGGAAGCGCCAGGAAGAGCUGCGCAUCAAGCAGGAGGAGGAACGCAAACGUUUGGAGGAAGAGAGAGAGAAGCGAGAGGAAGAGGAACGCAUCCGGAGGGCGGAGGAAGAGGCCAAGGAGGCCGAUCGCCUGGCGAAGCUGGAGAAACAGGCCGAGAUCAUGCGUGCCAAGAACGCCGCCAUCGAUCGCAUGCUCGACGAGGAGCGACAGAAGGACACCACCGAGAUAUCCUGGAAGGACCGUGGUUCGCGCGACUCUACGACUUACAAGACGCCCGUGACGUCCUGGCGACGAGGCGGUGACUUGAAGGACAGCAGCAACCCAAGGGAGGAACGACUUCGGGAUGACAGAGGAAGCACCGGGUUCGAUCGAUUCAGGCGCAAGGAUGACGAUAAUGAUCGGUUCAGGCGUAAGGAUGAUGAUAACGACCGAUUCAGACGCAAGGAUGAUGAUAACGAUCGGUUCAGACGCAAGGAUGAUGAUAGCGAUAAAACGAGAAGAAAGCCAGAGGGCGUGGAUGGGAAAUUGAGUGACGGACGAGAUGGAUUGAACAGAGACAGGGGAAUGGGAGGAGGUGGAGCAUUCGAUAAGAAACCAGCUCUUGGAAGCUCCUUCUACAGGAAGGACGAGCGACCAUUGGAUCGGGGCUCAGGUGGAUCCUUCUCUCGAAGCUGGCGAAGCAGUACCAACGAUGGGCCUCCAGCUAGAUCCUCCGAAAUGACACCACGUGUACGCGAGGCACCUAUUGACAGGUCCAUUCGUCAAGAGAGACCGGAACGUCAAGAAUCAUCAAAGCCCAUGAGCUGGCGCACCAUUGGAGAUAACAGGGAAGCCCCGAAAGAUAAUCCUGCAAAACGAGAGGAGAGAGCUGACGAGAUAAGAAGGGAUAAAUUGCCAUCGGAGAACAACCAAGGGCGCGAGAGCCAACCGGAACAGGAUGGCUGGGCAACGAUCGGUCGUCGCUAAAAAUAAAAUGCAACAAAACCACAACGUCGGAGGCCACAUUGUUAAGCAUUAGGUUUAAACACUUACUAGCACAGAAUUUUCUAAUCAGCACGAGACUAUCGUGGACUUUUUAUUAUUCAUGAGGCCAUUUCAUUUCACUUGCCUCUGCUCGGUGCGCUGUAAAGAGAUCGGAGACAAUGUAUACAGUUAAUACGAUAUUCCUUUGUAAAAGCAUCCAUGAGACAUCUUGGAUUUUAAGUCACGUAAUAAAACCUAUACAUCGAUGUCUACUUGAA